AUGAGGGAGACAGAAACAGAGAAUGGGGUGUUGCUGCCCUCCCUGCAGUCUGCCCUGCCCUUCCUGGACCUGCACGGCACCCCCCGCCUGGAAUUCCACCAGUCGGUUUUCGACGAGCUGAGGGAGAAGCUGCUGGAGAGGGUCUCGACCAUCGCUUUGGAAGGGAAAGUCGAGGAGAGAUACAAGAAGCUGGAAGAUCUCCUAGAAAAGAGCUUUUCCCUGGUCAAGAUGCCUUCCAUACAGCCCGUGGUGAUGUGUGUCAUGAAGCACUUGCCCAAGGUCCCUGAGAAGAAGCUGAAGCUGGUGAUGGCUGAUAAAGACCUGUACAAAGCCUGUGCAGUGGAGGUGAAGCGCCAGAUCUGGCAGGAUAACCAGGCUCUCUUUGGGGAUGAGGUUUCCCCCCUGCUGAAGCAGUACAUCCUGGAGAAAGAAAAUAUUCUCUUCAGCAAUGACAUCUCUGUCCUGCACAAUUUCUUCAGUCCAUCUCCCAAAACAAGACGUCAAGGAGAGGUGGUUCAGAAGCUGACCCAGAUGAUUGGGAAGAACGUGAAGCUCUAUGACAUGGUGCUGCAGUUCCUGAGGACCCUGUUCCUGAGGACCAGGAAUGUCCACUACUGCACCCUGCGGGCAGAGCUCCUCAUGUCCCUGCAUGACCUGGAGAUCAGUGAAAUCUGCAACGUCGACCCCUGCCACAAGUUCACCUGGUGCCUGGACGCCUGCAUUCGGGAGAAGUUUGUGGACAACAAGAGAGCUCGGGAGCUGCAGGGGUUUCUGGAUGGGGUGAAGAAAGGACAAGAGCAGGUGUUGGGGGACUUAUCAAUGAUCUUAUGUGAUCCCUUUGCCAUUAACACCUUAGCCUUGAGUACCAUAAGGCACCUGCAAGACCUGGUUGGGCAGGACACCUUACCCAGGGAAAGCCCAGAUCUGCUGCUGCUCCUCAGGAUGCUGUCUUUGGGACAGGGGGCCUGGGACAUGAUUGACAGUCAAGUCUUCAAGGAACCAAAAAUGGAAGCUGACUUGAUCACCAAGUUCUUGCCUAUGCUGAUGUCCUUUGUUGUGGAUGAUCACACUUUCAACGUCGAUCAGAAACUGCCCUCAGAGGAGAAGGGGCCAAUUCCCUACCCCAGCACCAUUCCUGAAGCUUUCACCAAAUUCCUGCAGGAGAACAGAAUAGCCUGUGAGAUUGGGCUGUAUUACAUCCUUCACAUCACCAAACAGAGGAACAAGAAUGCCUUCCUUAGGCUGCUGCCAGCACUAGUUGAGACAUUCAGUGACCUGGCCUUCAGUGAUAUUUUUCUGCAUCUCCUUACUGGAAACCUUACUCUGCUGGGGGAUGAAUUUGCUCUUGAGGAGUUCUGCACCAGCCUCUUUGAUGGCUUCUUUCUCACUGCCUGCUCAAGAAAGGAGAAUGUACACAGACAUGUGCUGAGGCUGCUGCUUCAUCUGCAUCACAAAGUGGCACCUGCCAAAUUAGAGGCUCUCCAGAAAGCUUUGGAACCCACCAAGCAGGGUGGGGAGGCUGUGAAGGAGCUUUAUAACCAACUCACAGAGAAGCUGGAGCUUCGCAAGCCAAGCCCGGCCGAGGUGACCGAGACGCCCUCCAUGGAGCUGCCCUUGCCCACCGUGCCCACACCAGCCCCACGUUGAGCUGCCUGUUGGUGCAAGAGGGAGACAGAACAGCUCUCUUGGUGCUCUGCAGUGGGAAGGCCCUGUGCUGCCUGUCAAUCCUCUGCCUGCAGGGUGGGAACAACAAAAACAAGCCACCGAAGCUCUUGCAGGAAACACUGCAGUUUGCCCAGCUCAGUGGCUCUUGCUGGUUAGAAAACUCUGUGUGCAGUACAUUGCAAAGGUUUACUUUUCUUAAAGAUAGCUGAGUGUCUUCUUGUAGAUCCACUUAAAAUCUGUCUGUACAUUACUU